AUGUUGUAUCUAACAGAUGCUGCAGAUACACCAGGUAUAUAUCAAAUGGCAAAUACAGCAACAUCAACAACAGCUUCAAUUACAGAUAGUGCUAUGAAUACGCCACAAAAUGUAGCUGUUGAUGGCACAGGUGUUAUUUACGUACCAGAUUAUGACAGUUCAUGUGUUUAUACAUAUGCUUCUAUAUCGGCUACCGCUGGCUCUCGAACAAUAAAAGCAGGAACUUGUAGUACAUCUGGUAAUAGUUUAAGUUUAUUGAACGGGCCCAGCAGUGUAUCACUUGACUCAACAGCAAGUUAUAUGUACAUCUGUGAUGCCAACAAUGAUCGAAUUAUACGAUUUUUGACGACUGCAAGCUCUGGUGAUAAUGGAGUUGUAGUUGCAGUAAGUAGUGAUUGUACAUGGACAUUUAUAAGUAGCAUCAGUUGUGGCGUAGAAUUUAGUAUAACACAAUAUUAUGAAGGUGGCCGAUCAAUUCGUCGCACGACAAUUCGUCGCGUACAAUUCGUCGCACGAUCAAUUCGUCGCACGAUCAAUUCGUCGCAUGACAAUUCGUCGCGAUCAAUUCGUUGCACAUGUAUUGUAGAGAAUACAUUGAUUGAAUUAAGUGAUUUAGUUUAG